GUCCAUAAGUGUUGAAGGACAGGAAUGUCAGACUGCUGAGGCUGAGGGCGUGAUGAAGGGAAGCGGACACCAAGCAAGACCGCACCGUCUUAGAAGACACAGGUCCACGGUGAAUCUGUGAAACACCCUGACAGCCUACGGUGAGCCAUGAACAUCCCCAUAUUCGUAGUGGAUGCCUUCACCACCCAAGCUUUCCGAGGCAAUCCUGCAGCGGUUUGCCUUCUGCAACAUGAAUUGCACGAUGACCUGUACCAGAAAAUUGCAGCAGAGAUGAACCUUUCAGAGACGGCGUUCAUCUGGACACUGAACUCUUCGGAUGACUUCAGUUCAGGGGUCCGUUUUGGGCUGAGGUGGUUUACCCCGAAAAAUGAAAUCCCCCUGUGUGGACAUGCCACCAUUGCUUCAGCGGCUGUGCUGUUUUACCACAAAAAAAAUGUUAACCCCUCCGUGACAUUUGAGACUCUGAGCGGUGAGCUGUAUGUUCGCAUGCAUGAAGAGGCCAUAGUCAUGGAUUUUCCUCAAAACAAGCCCACUCCACAGGACCCAAAAGAGGUGAAAGAUCUAAUUAAAAUUGCAGUUGGAGACCUGCCUGUUGCUGAUGUGCAGCACUGCGGAGCGAUAAAGGCGCUAAUGGUGCGUCUGAGUGAUCAUUGUGACAGGACGGCUUUGACCUCCCUUCAGCCUGAUCCGGAAGCUCUUCUGCAUGCCGAGAGCAGCGGGAGGAUAAAGUCCAUCAUCGUCACGAUGAAAGGAGACCCUUCCUCAAAACCAGCAUACGAUUUCAUCUCCAGGAACUUUGCCCCCUGGCAUGGGAUUCCAGAGGACCCUGUGACCGGCUCUGCACACACUAUACUUGGCAGUUACUGGUCAGAGAAACUAGACAAGAAAAAGAUGCUGGCCUACCAGUGCUCCAGCCGAGGUGGAGAGCUCACUCUGAACCUGAAAGAUGACGGAAGAGUCGACAUUGCUGGUAGAGCUGUCACGGUACUGAAGGGGAUGCUCAUACUCCCACUCUGAACUGGACCACUGAAGGUGUUAAACUCUCCAUGAGAAACACAUAGAUGCCUGUGCUUAACCUCACCAUGCUUGCCAUUAGUUUAACUGCAAAAAAUGUCUGCAGUUAGAGAAGUCUCCAUGUCUGCAAAGUGUUGUUUAGCUUACUUCAAACUGUCUCAUAGGAUGUUAAUGGACAAAUUACAUGCUUUAGCCUUACAGUAUGUGUGACAUGUGUAAAACAAACAUUAACAACUCUUAGCUCUCUUGCCUUCCAUAGUAAGGUCAAAUCUGCAACAUGUAAUGUUCAAUUAAUGGUUUUUCUUGGCCAAAAGUCCCCUUUUGUCAUUUACAAUGGAUAAUAGAUUUAGUAAAAUUACUGCAACCAAACAUUUUAAUAGUCAUCUUUAUUUAAAAAGCAAAACACCUUUGAAACAAUUGUACUGUACAAAAUUUCUAUAAAGAGAAUUUAAAUACUGGUUCAGGAUGUACAGCUAUAAAACAGCACAAACAAAAGUCUAGCUGUGAGGUAAAAGGGACCUGAAGUAAAAUGUAAAAGGUGUAUUUAUCACCUGUGAAGUAGACAAUUUUAUUCAGGUCAGCAGCAAGGCUAUGAAACCACACUAUUCAGUUUAAGUUGGAUAGUAAGGAUUUGUGAAUAAAGUGUUCUAGAAUAAUACAGCAACAACCUUUUCCACAACUUCAUAUUUUUUGCAGCUCCUAUGAUCCUUUGGUACAACAAAUUGGUGACUUUUCACAUGUUAUUUAAAGUACUUUGCUUGCAGUUGGACUAAACUGGAAGACCUUGAUAAUAGGUAAUGACAAACAUGAAAUUGAAAUGUUAACAUAUACAGUUUUCCUUCCUUGUGAUUAGUAGUCAGUGCUAAAGGAAAAACUAUUGUACCAUUUCCUGAUGGAAAAACUUAGUUAUGUGAAAUGCAUAACCUGAUGACUUGCAUACCCUGACAACAGAUGUCUUCUGCCUAGUUUCCAGCAGCUUUUCACAAUAUUACAUUGUUUGCAAUGUUCCAACUUAGAUGACAUUCAAGUAAAACAUUAACUGAUUGGAAAAAAUACAAUGAAAGUUUGAAUU